UUAAGAUCCCAACACGAAGGACCUACAUCGACCCGGAGACCUGUGAAGACCUGCUGCAGGCCGUCCACGCCUUUGCCAAGGAACUGGACAACUCGAGCAUCAAGAUAGAGAGGAUAGUGCACACAGGUGACUUUGGGGAGGUGUGCCGUGGCUGCUUGAAGCUGCCCAGUAAGAGAGAGCUGCCAGUGGCCAUAAAGACGUUAAGGGCCGGCUGCUCCGACAAACAGCGUCGCUCGUUCCUCAGCGAGGCCGGCAUCCUGGGGCAGUUUGACCACUCCAACAUCAUCCGACUGGAAGGCGUCAUCACCACCGGUAACACCAUGAUGAUCAUAGUGGAGAGCAUGUCUAACGGAGCCUUAGAUUCCUUCCUGAGGAAACAUGAAGGCCAGCUGAGUGUAAUGCAGCUGAUGGAUAUACUGACCGGGGUGGCAUCAGGGAUGAAGUACCUCACCGAAAUGGGCUUCGUCCACAAACGGCUGGCCGCGCACAAGGUGCUGGUGAACGCCAAUCUCAACUGCAAGGUGUCUGGUUUCAGACCUCUACAGGAGGACAAGAUAGAGGCCAUCUACACCACACUGCACGGAGGGAAGAGCGUGGUGCUGUGGACCGCUCCGGAGGCCAUCCAGUACCAUCGCUUCUCCUCCGCCUCAGAUGUCUGGAGCUUUGGCAUCGUCAUGUGGGAGGUCAUGUCCUACGGAGAGAGACCCUACUGGGAUAUGGGCAAUCAGGAUGUGAUAAAGGCCAUCGAGGACGGUUUCAGGCUGCCAGCUCCAGUGAACUGUCCUCCACAUCUCCAUCAGCUGAUGCUGGACUGUUGGCAGAAGGAGAGGACGGAGCGGCCCAGCUUCAGCCAGAUCCACUCAGCCCUCAGCAAGAGCAUUCGCUCCCCUGACGGCAUUGGUUCCUCCACACUGGCACGCAGGACCCUCAGUUCAUCCAUUACAUUAGCAGAAAGACCUCUCCCCUCCUUCCCGUCCUUUAACUCGGUGGGAGAGUGGCUGGACGCAGUGGACAUGGGACGCUACAAGGACAAUUUCACUGCGGCAGGAUACUGCUACUUGGAGUCUGUGGCACGAAUGACUGUACAAGACGUCCUGAGCCUUGGCAUCACUUCCCUGGAGCACCAGAAGCUGAUACUGGCCACCAUCCAGACCCUCAGAGCCCAGGUCAUCCAAAUGCACGGCCGCGGUGUCCAGGUCUGACGGAGCGGCCGACGCGCUGAGUCUCACGCUGCUGCUGCUGCUGCUGCUGCUGCAGACAGAUGAGGAGGCAGAGGAAGAGAGAGAGAGAGAGAGAGGGAGAGAGAGCGAGAGAGAGAGCGCUCUUCCAAACUUACGGAAAGAUGAGCAGAUCUUUCAGCCAACCGCACUCCUCUAUUUACUCCUCCUCCCCACACUUCCUCAUGCCUUCCUUGAUAACCUUCCUUCCUUUUUUUGUAAACGACCCCCCCCCCCCCUGCUGGAGACGACCGGUAUGAGGAAUGGGCUGCAGAGGAGUGAUGUCAUGUGACUUUUUUUCGUGUGUGACCUCUAUCUGCACUUUGACCUUCAAUAACUGUGUCGGCUCUGUCUCGCCGGUUGCGGAUCAGUGCGUAAGAAUCAAACGAGACGCCGUCUCCAGCGGGACGGGGGCUCUGGUCCGGACCUGACCUCGGCAGGAGGCAGAGAUUUAUUACGCUGCAAGCGCACCAGUUGUCAUAGGAACACAAUUUUAAGGGGGGGUGGAAGUUUCCCUUUACACACGACAUCGAUUCACCCGAAAACAAUAUAUCUACUGUUUUACAGACCUUGGAUGAAAUGACUCUGUCCUCAGACGUGGCACAGCUAAACUCACAUCAGACUCAUUUACGAUGACGACGCGGAAUCAUGCGAUUAAAGGGACAUUUCUGAAUAUUCAACGUGGCUGGAACGUUACCUGUGUUUUCAGAGCGGCGGCUUGAGAAGACCGAGCUGUCCCGUGUUAAGUUUAGAAGAGUUGGACGCACAAAAACAGGUUGAGCGUUCUGAAUAGAGCCACGUACAGUAUUUAAAGUGUGAUUACCGGAUGAACAGAGCGACAGUAAGUUGUGGGCCACAAACGCUGCAAGAUCCAGUUGUAAAGCAAAAGGUAUAAAAUGAGUUUGAUUGUUCGUUCAUUCGUUUUACGUUCGCUUCUCUUUCGCAACAUUUCUUUAUUCCCUCUGUCUUUCUCUCCUCCUCUGUGCUCUCCCUUCGUUCUUUCUUCUAAUUCCUCCGUUGGCCCACUGGAUUUCAUCUCAGCAGUUUAAUCCUCCCCCCCCUCCAAAGGCUUCUCUUUCUCACCACCAAGUUUAAUCCUCUGUACAGAACUCAGGCCAACUCUGGAAGAUGGCAUCGAUUCAGUUAUUUAUCCGUAUUUAUUUAUGUUUACGGACUCUGACGCAAACCUCUGCAGAACCAGAGGCUGAGAAGGUUUAUUUAACUUAAAGUAUUUAACUAAAAAAUAAUGUUGAGCAAUGUCUCGUCGUUUCCGUUUUUCUGUUUGAUUUGUCGUUUGAUUUGUUACAUGAUGAGCGUGAACAGAUCAGUUGUUUUUACAGGAAGUGAGGAUUUUUGGUCUGCACACAGCAGCUGUGUCCCAAUUCAAUGACGCACCUUCCUGUUGAAGGCGUUGACCGAAACAGAAAUGAAAUGAUUUGGUCUACGGAUGAUUUUCCCGUGAACUUGAGUCACCAGCUUGUCCCGUCCUUACCGCUGUUGCCUAGCAACAGAGCAGCACUUGGACCCGACAAGAACGUUUUUUUUAAUGCUCCUUGUUUUUUUUUAAAUUGCGUAAUGUUGUUCGGUUAAUUUUUAAAAGUGUGAGCGUCUGACAUUUUGGUCUCAUCAGUGAAGGAGUCCUGGGAUCGAGGAUUCACCCGCUGAAGCCUUCGUAGUUUGGGGAUCGUUCGCGAUGGAGCGGCCUUGUCACUAGUCUUCAAAUGAAUUGGGACACAGCUAAUCUCUAUGUAUUCUUCCAGGUCCACUAUCAUUGGAUCUGCUGUGUGUAGCAUGGAUACAGUAUUACAGAAUGUCAAUGAGAUGCUAUUUUCUUUCUUUGUUGCUGUCGGAUUAUCAUAGUUUUGUGUUGCUGUUUCUAUCGCACUCUGCCACGCUAUGUGGUUGCACUCUCGAACUCCCAGAAUCCUCUCUGUACAGUGAUCGGCCCCUUGCCUUUUCUGUCCUAUUUAAAAACAGGAGGUUUGAAGGAAGAAGUUUAUCGGGGCAUCGUUAGAUUUUUCACGGUUUCACACUCGAGCGUACGAACAUUUUUGGCCGGAAUAUUGUAUGGUCUGGUUUGUAUUUGGUACAAGAUGAGUUUUAGUCAUAUGUCCUUAUAGACGUUAUCACACACACAUAUCUGGAAAACACUCGGAUGGUCCCUUUACACAACACACACACACACACACACACACACACAAACACACACACAAUCACGAACAAACAACAGACGACCUCGUCACCACGAUGAAUGAAACUCGAAUCCUCCCCCCCCUCCUCUAUCCCGCCUCUGUUACUGUAACCAUUAUGUUUAAUACUGUAAAUAUGUAUUUGAAAAUGCGAAAUCUAUUUUUAUAAUUUGUUUGAAGAACGUGUUGGAUUUAAUAUCUUGCUCACUGUGUAAGGGUUUUAUUUGUUUGAAUUUUAGGGCCAUAGCUAAGAAAACACUGGUGUUUGGAAUAUAAAACUGAAAAGUUCUUUUUUGUUCUUUUGUUAGUUUUCGAUGAUUUUUACUUGUUAGAAGAAAAUCUGAUGGCUGUUGCAAUAUAGAAACGUGUUAUUAAAAAAUUACA